UCUCUUUUUUGGGUGGAAAUUAAGGGGUGGGUCUAUGGUACAUCACCUGAGUUGUGGGGUAAAUGUAGAGAGUGUCAAUCAAAGGCAGAGCUCAGAGCUGGGAAGAAAGCUCUAGAUGGCGGCUGUGCCUUGGAGAGCGCGCUGAGCCUCCCUGCCUUUUUCGCUCCCCUCCUCCACCACUUUUACGCAACUUUGCCCAACUUUUGGGCAGCCUCGAGGGGCUCCUGCGGCCCCUUGCCUCUCGCGGGGACCGGCGUGGCGGGGGCCGAGCGUUUUUCGGGCAGAUCAGCAGCUUUGGGGGGCUCUUCUCCCUCGCCUUGUUGGAAAGAAGCCGCCGUGGAGGCAGCGCCGGCCGUUGUUUUUCCCAGCUUGGAAGCCAUGGCGCACCUCCAUUUUUGUGCGCUCUCCUAAUGAGCUUUUCCUCCGGAUCUUUCCCUCCCCUCUUUGGCUUCAAUUAUCGCCUCUGGCGAUUAAACGAAUGCAGAUAGUUUGGGAUUAAAAUCUGAAUUCUUUUAUUUUCCCCAAGAAAUUCGCGUUUAUUUUUCCGUCCGGGUUCCCUUUGAAAUCUUUCGGAGCUCAUGUUUUCCCACGACCCGAAACUAAUCUCGGGUUGGACCUGGUGCCGGGAUCAGGUAGGUGGGCGAUUAUUAACCAUCCUUUUGAGCGUGUUUUGCCUUUUUAAAAAAAAAUCACUUUUGGGAUUUUUUCCUCCUUCGAUCGGUUUGAACGACCUCGGAAUGACGCAAUAAAAUACCGAGAAUAUUUGCUUCCAGGGUUACUUCAGGAAAGUUUGCAGGAUGCUCCCCAGGGCUGUGUACCCUCGUGUUUUAUUUUUUAAAAAUGUGUAAUCUCUUUUUUCCUUCGUGCUGAUGAGUCUUCUGCAUUAUUGUAACAAAUACCCAUUGCAGCGUCAGGACUUUUUGUUCUUGCGACUGAAAGCCAAAGACUCGAACUGGGACCUUACCUUUCUUUCAACUUUUGACAGUAAAUACCUGGGCACAGGACUUCAAAGCAAACAAAGCCACCUCUCUACUUUCCCCUUAAUAUUAACGAAUUAAAAGAUGAUGAGAAAUACGGACAAAAACCAAGGAGAGGAGGGUUCAAUCCACAGCAAUGCAUCGAGUCACUCCGCGUCCGAAGAGGCCUCCGCGUCCGAGUCGGCCAGCCAGUCCGACAGCGAACAUGGCAGCGAGUCCAACAGCAGCUCAGAGACCUCCGAGAGCCUGUCCGAGUCGGAGUGCGAAUCGACGGGCUCCAAAUCCCAGCAGACGCCUCCCGAGACCAAAGAGAAGCCGGCUUCCCGGAAGGAGCGGCUCGCAGACGUCAAAAAGAUGUGGGAAGAAUAUCCAGAUGUUUACGGGGUCAGGAGGUCGAACCGGAGCAGACAGGAGCCGUCGCGCUUCAACAUCAAAGAAGAGGGGAUCAGCGAGUCUGAGAGUGAGAGCCCCAAGAGAAGAGGCCAGAAGCAGAUGAAAAAAACAGAUAAAUGGAAGAGAGAAGACUCCGGAGAUGAUGACGAAGAUGGGCAGGAACAAGGCACCAGUGCCGAGAGCGAGCCAGAACAGAAGAAAGUGCGAGCCAGAAGGCCCAUCCUGAGGAGAGCAGUAGCCAAAGUCGUCAUGAAAAAAGCCCACAAGCCCCAGCGUGGGAAGAGGCGGAGGAAAACAGAGUCGUCUGAGGAUGAGGAUGACGACGAAGACGACGAGGCGCCCAAAAGACAGACCCGACGUAGAGCGGCCAAGAACGUCAGUUACAAGGAAGACGACGACUUUGAGACCGACUCGGAUGACCUGAUCGAGAUGACUGGAGAAGGGGCCGAAGAGCAGCAGGAAAACAGUGAGACCAUCGAGAAAGUGAUGGAGGCAAGAUUGGGGAAGAAAGGAGUCACCGGUGCUUCCACCACAGUCUAUGCGACGGAAGCCAACGGCGAUCCUUGUGCUGACUUUGACCCCAAGAAUGAGGAAGGGGAGGUCCAGUACCUGAUUAAGUGGAAAGGUUGGUCCUAUAUCCACAGCACGUGGGAGAGUGAGGACUCCCUCCAGCAGCAGAAGGUGAAAGGUCUGAAGAAGCUGGAGAACUUCAAAAAGAAAGAGGAAGAGAUCAAUCAGUGGUUGGCAAAAGUAUCUCCAGAAGAUGUAGAAUACUAUAACUGUCAGCAAGAACUGGCGGCAGAGUUGAACAAGCAGUACCAGAUAGUGGAACGAGUGAUUGCUGUGAAAACGAGUAAAUCAGGAGCAGCUGGUUCUGAACUUCCAGUAGCCCACAGCCGCAAAUCCUCCUCCAAUGAACCCGAAUACCUUUGCAAAUGGAUGGGCUUGCCAUACGCGGAUUGCAGCUGGGAGGACGAGGCCCUGAUCAGCAAGAAGUUCCAGCACUGCAUCGACAGCUUCAACAGCAGAAACAACUCCAAAUUCAUGCCCACUCGGGAUUGCAAGGUGCUGAAACAGAGGCCUCGGUUUCUUGCCUUGAAGAAACAGCCUUCCUAUAUCGGUGGGGAAAACCUGGAGCUCCGGGAUUACCAGCUGGAAGGCCUUAAUUGGCUAGCCCACUCAUGGUGCAAGAAUAACAGCGUGAUCCUAGCUGAUGAGAUGGGCUUGGGGAAGACCAUCCAGACCAUCUCCUUCCUCUCCUGCCUCUUCCAUCAACACCAGCUCUACGGCCCCUUCGUGAUUGUGGUGCCCUUGUCGACCCUGACCUCCUGGCAAAGAGAGUUUGAGAUCUGGGCGCCCGAAAUCAACGUCGUGGUGUACAUAGGAGACCAGAUUAGCAGGAACACGAUCCGCGAAUACGAAUGGAUCCACGCCCAGACCAAGCGGCUGAAGUUCAACGUGCUCAUCACGACAUACGAGAUUCUCCUGAAAGACAAGGCUGUUCUGGGAAGCAUUAACUGGGCCUUCCUAGGCGUGGACGAAGCUCAUCGCUUGAAGAACGACGACUCCUUGCUGUACAAGACGUUGAUCGACUUCAAAUCCAACCACCGGCUACUCAUCACCGGGACGCCUCUUCAGAACUCCCUUAAAGAACUCUGGUCCCUGCUGCAUUUUAUCAUGCCGGAGAAGUUCGAGCUCUGGGAGGACUUUGAAGACGACCACGGGAAAGGGCGAGAGAAUGGCUACCAGAGCCUGCACAAAGUCCUGGAGCCGUUCCUCCUGCGCCGGGUGAAGAAAGACGUGGAAAAGUCCCUCCCCGCCAAAGUGGAGCAGAUCCUCCGUGUGGAGAUGUCUGCCUUACAGAAGCAGUAUUAUAAGUGGAUUUUGACACGGAACUACAAAGCGCUCUCCAAGGGGACCAGAGGCAGCACGUCCGGCUUCCUGAACAUCGUGAUGGAGCUGAAGAAAUGUUGCAACCACUGCUACUUGAUCAAGCUGCCCGAGGAAAAUGAACGGGAGAACAACCAGGAGCUGCUGCUGUCUCUCAUCAAGAGCAGCGGGAAACUCAUCCUCUUGGACAAGUUGCUGACCAGGCUGCGCGAGCGGGGAAACCGAGUCCUGAUUUUCUCCCAGAUGGUGAGGAUGCUGGACAUCUUGGCGGAGUAUCUGACCAUCAAGCACUACCCUUUCCAGCGUCUGGACGGCUCCAUCAAAGGCGAGAUCCGGAAGCAGGCGCUGGAUCACUUCAACGCCGAAGGCUCGGAGGACUUCUGUUUCCUGCUGUCCACGCGGGCCGGUGGCCUGGGGAUCAACUUGGCCUCCGCUGACACGGUGGUCAUCUUCGACUCGGACUGGAACCCUCAGAAUGACCUGCAGGCCCAGGCACGCGCCCACCGGAUUGGGCAGAAGAAGCAGGUGAACAUCUACCGCUUGGUGACCAAGGGCACGGUGGAAGAGGAGAUUAUCGAAAGAGCCAAGAAGAAGAUGGUGUUGGACCAUCUGGUGAUCCAGCGGAUGGACACCACGGGCCGGACUGUCCUGGACAACAGCUCUGGUAGAUCCAACUCGAACCCUUUCAACAAAGAGGAGCUGACGGCCAUCUUGAAGUUUGGAGCCGAGGAUCUCUUCAAGGAGCUGGAAGGGGAAGAAUCGGAGCCUCAGGAAAUGGACAUUGAGGAGAUCUUGCGCCUGGCCGAGACGCGAGAGAAUGAAGUCUCCACCAGUGCCACGGAUGAGCUUCUCUCUCAGUUUAAGGUGGCCAACUUCACAACGAUGGAGGAGGACGAAGCCGAACUGGAGGAGAAAUCUCAGAGAGACUGGGAUGAUAUCAUUCCUGAGGGCCAGAGGAAGAAGGUGGAGGAGGAGGAGAGGCAGAAGGAGCUGGAGGAGAUAUACAUGCUUCCCAGAAUCCGCAGCUCAGCUAAAAAGGCUCAGGCCAACGACAGCGAUUCGGAUGUCGAGAUGAAGCGGAAGCUGCAGAGAUCGUCCGGCUCUGAGAGCGAGACGGACGAUUCGGACGACGAUAAGAGACCCAAGCGCAGAGGGCGGCCCCGGAGUGUCCGGAAGGACAUGGUAGAAGGCUUCACGGACACAGAAAUCAGGAGGUUUAUCAAGGCCUACAAGAAAUUUGGCGUUCCUUUGGAGCGGCUGGAGUGUAUCGCCCGGGAUGCGGAGUUGGUAGACAAGUCGGUGGCUGACCUGAAGCGUUUGGGGGAACUCCUUCACAACAGCUGCGUCUCAGCGAUGCAGGAAUACGAAGAGCAGCUGAAGGAGAACCUGGCGGAAAACAAAGGACCAGGAAAGCGGAGAGGCCCCACCAUUAAGAUUUCUGGCGUCCAGGUGAACGUGAAAGCCAUCAUCCAGCACGAGGAGGAGUUUGCGAUGCUGUACCAGACGAUCCCCACUGAUCCGGAAGAGAGGACAAAGUUCUGCCUGGCCUGCCGUGCCAAAGCCGCCCACUUUGACGUGGACUGGGGUGUAGAGGACGACUCACGGUUGUUGCUGGGCAUUUACGAGCACGGCUACGGGAACUGGGAGCUCAUCAAGUCAGACCCAGAGCUCAAACUGACUGAUAAGAUCCUGCCUGUCGAGACAGACAAAAAGCCGCAAGGGAAGCAGCUCCAGGCUCGAGUUGACUACCUGCUGAAGCUACUCAAGAAAGAAAUGGAGAAAAAGGACGGCGUGAAAGAGCCAGAAGAGAACAAGGUGAAAAAGAGGAAGCCACGAGUCAAGAAAGAGAACAAAUCUCCCAAAGGCAGAGAUGAGCAGGGAAAUGAGCUCUCUUCUCCUCGGCAUUCGGACAACCCUUCAGAAGAAGGAGAGGUCAAGGAGGAUGGCUUGGAAAAAAGCCCUGUGAAAAAGAAGCAGAAGAAAAAGGAGAACAAAGAGAACAAAGAAAAACAGACCACAAGCAGGAAAGAAAAGGAAGGCGAGAAAGAGAAAAGGAAAACAAAAGAGAAAAAGGAAAAGUCUAAAGGCAGCGAGGGCAAAUCUGGAAGCAAGGGGAAGAGAUCUCAGGGCCCUGUCCACAUUACAGCUGGAAGUGAACCCAUCCCUAUUGGAGACGAGGAAGACGAUGACUUGGACCAGGAAACCUUCAGCAUAUGCAAGGAGAGGAUGAGGCCGGUCAAGAAAGCUCUGAAGCAGCUGGACAAGCCGGACAAAGGGCUGUCGACCCAGGAGCAGUUGGAGCACACACGGAGCUGCCUCCUGAAGAUCGGCGACCGCAUCGCAGAGUGCCUGAAAGCUUAUUCCGACCAGGAGCACAUCAAGCUCUGGAGAAGGAACCUGUGGAUAUUUGUGUCCAAGUUCACAGAAUUUGAUGCGAGGAAAUUGCACAAGCUGUAUAAAAUGGCACACAAGAAGCGAUCCCAGGACGAGGAGCAAGAGCAGAGGAAAAAAGAGGAGGCCUCGGGAGGCAAGAAGCCCUUCCGGCCAGAGCCUUCGAGUUCCAGCCGGGAUUACGACAUGUCUCAGAUCCCUCACGGCCCUCAUUCGCAGAAGCUCCACCCGCCUCUGCCACACCCUUCCCAGAUGCACGGUCACCCACGGGACAACUACAUCCACCCAAACAAGAGGCAUUUCAGUAACGCAGACCGUGGCGACUGGCAGAGGGACCGCAAGUUUAACUACGGCGGCAAUGCCAACCAAGUGUGGGGCGCCGACCGGCACCACCAGUACGAGCAGCAUUGGUACAAGGAGCACCACUAUGCAGACCGGCGGCUGCGCGGCGAACCCCACCGCAGCUCGGGCAACUACCGCCUCAACAACCUCUCCCGCAAGCGGCCGUAUGAGCAGUACAACAGUGACCGCGACCACCGGGGGCACAGGGACUAUUACGACAGACACCACCACGAUUCCAAGCGGCGGCGGUCAGACGAAUUCAGGCCCCAGAAUUACCACCCGCAGGACUUUCGGAGGAUGUCCGACCACAGGCCCCCCAUGGGCUACCACGGCCAGGGGCCUUCGGACCAUUACCGGCCUUUCCAUCUCGACAAGUCGGCAGACUACAAGCAGCCGCUGCCCCCUCCCCACUCCCAAGUCUCGGACCCUCGCUCCCCACCUGCGCAGAAGUCCCCCCAUGAAGCCAAGUCUCCCCUUGUUCACCGGUCGCCCCUCGACCGGUCUUUAGAACAAAAGAACAAUCCAGAUUAUAACUGGAGUGCCCGGAAAACAUAGAACUUGGGUGAGGAGAGGAGAGGAGGGAGAACCGCACCCUGGGGUAACUUGAGCUGAGGUGAACAGCCGCGGCUGGUUCGUCACGCCCAGAACCGGAGACUCCGAACAUGCUGCCGUUGGGCUCUGUGUCUGAAUGGGGGUCAUAGGAGCUGGACAUAGUGGGGGCGUUUGGAUUUCUGUCCUGGUCUCUCCUCCCAUCACCUCACUGGCCAGACGUUGGGAGUUGACUUCCCUGCAUCCUAGCGACCUGUCGGGGAAAGGUUGGGCCUGAAGGGGUCGUCCCCCGCAAUUCCAGUUUCCAUUUGUGCAUUUGAAGGUUGCAUUGGACCCACUCCCAUAACCAUUGGAAAGUCCUGGAACUUGGAUUGACCGUUGCUUAGGAUGGUGGAGAGGAAAAGAUAAAAAUUCUGCAUGGCAUUGGUGUUAAGGUGCUGCUGAGGUGUGGGGUGGAGAGGAGGGAACCGCUUGAGCAGAUCGGCCUGUUAAAAUGGAGGGAGAUUUGACGUGUGUGUGUGUGUGUCUCGGGCAGGGUAGGGGAGUGAAUUCAAAUCUACGAAUCUCACUGUAGGCCUUGGAGAUCUAUGGAUAACAUGAUGUGAACACCCCACAGACGCAUGUUUUCCUUACAGAGAUUCUUGUUUCUCAUGCCUUCUUCAUUUCACUUUAUCGGCUGCAGAAGGAAGUAUGAUUGUAGAGGUUUGAGCAGGAAGGGGUCCAAAUUAGGAGGGGAAAUAGAGGGCUUUAUUAACGUUCCUGUGAGGGAAAGUGUCGGCAUUUCCUGAGAGAGGGGCCUGUCCCCUGGUUUUUCCUCAGCUCCUCUUUAACCACAGUUGUGAGGCCAAUUCAGGUGAUUGUCGCAGCAGACUUGUGGACACCCGUGAAAGAGCCAGACUCAAGCCAGGCCUGGUGGGCUCUCAGGUGCUCAUGAGCAUCUCAAAAUGGUACCCGAGCGCUUCCCGUGAGAGCAAAGCGUUAGAAACGCCGCAAGCAUUAUCUAAAGGAACGGGAGGCAGCAGAACAAGGUAAAAUGAGGGGGCCACCUGAGUGGAGAGUGGAUGAGCAGAGGCACCUUUACACAAAAGCAGCAGACUUCUCGUUAAAGGUCCUGCUGAUCAGCAGUUCCUUUGAGCAGUGAUGGAAAACUUCAAAAGCAUCCGUUCUGGAAAGUUUUCCACGAAACAGCUGGGAAGUAAAUAAACCCACUCCCCACUGAAGAAAAGAAAAGAAAAAGCCUCUUGGCUUGCUGAGCGGGCAGACGUCGGAAAGCUUGAUGAAGCUGUUACUGCCAGGUGAAUUCCCACAGUGUUACUUUAAUCUGACAGAGAAAGAAAAAUACAGCCCUGAGUGUUAGACCUAGUUUUUGGAAGGGUUCAGGCGUGUGCGUGCAUGCGUGUGUGUGUAAAAAAGAGAGAAUGUGUUUCCUCUGACUUCACUAAACUGAUGGUAGAAAAUACACUAUGGAAUUUCUUAAGUGCAGGGGGGGGGGUCCUUUUAUUUUCACAAAGGGUGGUUGGUUUAUAAUGUGAAUUCUGAGUGCAUCUCCUGGAAAUGGGAAGGCGGAGAAAGACCUUUAAGAUUGUGACGAGGACUGACUAGAAUGGUUAUCGUUUCACGCCAAGUCAUGAAAUGUGUCUGUUAACAAUAAAGCCUCUUUCCGUGCCAUAAAGUUGUAGCUAAUCAGGGGACUUGCGGAAAAACAAAGUGUGAACAUUGGGGGUUUUUUUGUUUUCAGUUGGCCUGACCCUACAAGUAUUAUGGGGGGUGGAAGCUCAGCUAAGAUCCAUCAGACUUGUCUCUGAGUAACAUGUUUCAAGACGGAAGAAGAGCUCUUCAUGCCCAGGGGAUACACUUUCCAGAAAGGAAAAUGAGGCAAAAGAGAAAAAGAUAAAACACUCAAAUUGUGACUUUUUUCAGAGGUUCUACCAUGGGGGUUGGGGCAUGGGAUAUUUAUUAAAUCUUGUAUUUUUUACAAACAGAUUGAGGGGGAUCAGAUUAAAUAACCCCCCCCCCUUUUUUUUUUGUCACUGUAUCCACCCCGGGAAAAACCCAACCGUGGGAUCGUGAUUUGGUGUGUGGAGUGGAUCAGUCCUGUUUUUAAGACAGGGGUUGUAUCGCUACCUUGUAUGGCUGUUCCUGAAGCAUUCCCCCCAACCCUGCUGUUGUUGGAGUCUCUUUUGCAGGCAGAAAAAAAUAAACCUUACAUUGAUCUUUAUUUCUGACGUUUUCUGAAACAAUAUUGAACACUUAAUCUGAAGGAAACGGAACUCUUACUCUCUGUAGGGUGUAAGGAAGGUAGCACUGAAGUGUGCCGGGUGGAUUAUUCAUGGAUUCGGGGCUUGUGGAAAAAACAAACCUUGCUGUGGUGUAUUUCAAUGUACCCAUCACAUUCCCCUCCAUAACCAGGGUGUGGAAGGGUGUUUGCUCAUCAAAUCAUGGACUUCUGGGAAGACGACAAACCCUGUUGACUAAAGACAGUAAUUAAUAUUAAUUUAUAUUUGUGACAAAACUUUGCCACUGUCCUAGUGAUUUCUGAUGUAAAUAUGUUGUUUAUAGAGUAUGUAUUAAAUUUUCCUACAUUGUACAACAGCUGUCGAUUCUUGUAUAUUAAAAUGUGACGCGGACAUUUUCACAAA